GAGGGGUCUCUGCUCUGUUGCUUCUCCUUCCUUCCUCCUUCUCUGGCUGAAGGCAAGACAGAGGAUUCCUCCAGCCCUGCAGUGCUGGGGCUCGGGGCUGCUCUGACUGGCGCUGUGUCAGUGUCUGAAGGUGCUGUGGAGCUGAGGCUGGUGGAUGGUGGACAACGCUGUGCUGGGAGAGUGGAAGUGAGACGAGAGCACAAGUGGGGCACCGUGUGUGAUGACUACUGGGACAUGGCUGAUGCAGAGGUGGUUUGUAAGCAGCUGGGCUGUGGGGCUGCCCUUGGAGCUGCCCAUGCUGGCUAUUUUGGGCCAGGAUCAGGCCCCAUCUGGAUGGAUGAUGUGCGCUGUAACGGCACCGAGUCUGCCCUGUCUGACUGCAAACAUGGAGGAUGGGGCAAACAUGGCUGUGUUCACAGUGAGGAUGCUGGAGUGAUUUGUUCAGUGUCUGAAGGUGCUGUGGAGCUGAGGCUGGCGGGUGGUGGCCAACGCUGUGCUGGGGGAGUGGAAGUGAGACGAGAGCACGAGUGGGGCACCGUGUGUGAUGACUCCUGGGACAUGGCCGAUGCAGAGGUGGUUUGUAGGCAGCUGGGCUGUGGGGCUGCCCUUCAAGCUUCCAAGCGUGGCACUUAUGAGCAAGCAUCUGGCUUCAUCUGGAUGGCUGACGUGCGCUGUAACGGCACCGAGUCUGCCCUGUCUGACUGCAAAUAUGCAGGAUGGGGUAAACAUGACUGCGACUGGAGUCAACAGGCCGGAGUGAUUUGUUCAGGAUUCGUGCGUCUGGUGGGAGGGCAGAGCCGCUGCUCAGGACGUGUGCAGGUCCAUGCCGGGGGGCAGUGGAAAGGCGUCUGCAGCUCCCACUUUGGUGCCCAGGCUGCUGCUGUGGCCUGCAGGGAGCUGCGCUGCGGCGGGGCCCUGUCUGUGUCUGGCACAGCUGCCUCUGGAGCAGGGCUGGGUGCCAGCUGGGACAGAGAGCUGCGCUGCGUGGGGAAUGAAUCCCAGCUCAGCUCCUGCCCCAUGGGGCCCUCGGGGGAGCGGCCCUGCAGCCAGCAGGACAGCGCUGUCCUCACCUGCACACAGUACGCAGGGUUCAGGCUGGCCAACGGCAGCACAGCGUGUGAGGGGAGGGUGGAGGUUCAGCUGCUGGAGACCUGGGGGACCCUCUGUGCCUCGCGCUGGGAUCUGGCCGAUGCCCACGUUCUCUGUCGGCAACUGGGCUGCGGCUUUGCCGAGUCCAUUCCUGGAGGAGAGCGUUUCGGCCCGGCGCCCGGCCCUGUCUGGAGAGACUCCUUCCACUGCGACGGGACUGAAGCCCGGCUGAGCCAGUGCCCAGUGACCGCGCUGGGGGCCUCCCCGUGCUCCCGCGGGAACAACGCCGUGCUCAUCUGCUCAGGCCCCGUGGGCUCCGGGUCCCUGCGGCUGGUGGGGGGAGGGAGCCGGUGCGCCGGGCGAGUGGAGAUCUCCCAGCACGGGACGUGGGGCAGAGUCCUGUCUGAGCAGUGGGACGUGGCGGAGGCCCGUGUGGUGUGUCGGCAGCUGCGGUGCAGAGAGGCAGAGACGGCCUACAACCCGCCCACGGCCGAGCGAGGGACGGGCCCCGUGGGGCUGCGAGGGGUGCGGUGCCAGGGGCACGAGGCCCAGCUGAGCCUCUGCAACGUCUCCUGGCCAGGGAGGCCGGCGGUAGAGGGGGUCGUGGAGGACGUGGGGGUGGUCUGCGAGGGGAGCCGGCGCGUGCGGCUGGCGAAUGGGCCCGGGCGCUGCGCCGGGAGAGUGGAGAUCUACUCCCAGGGCAGCUGGGGCAGCGUCUGCGACGACGGCUGGGACCUGCCCGAUGCCGCCGUUGUGUGCCGGCAGCUGGGCUGCGGAGGGGCUGUGCGGGCGCCGGGCUCUGCCGCCUUUGGGGAGGGCUCCGGGCACAUCUGGCUGGACGGCGUCAACUGCUCCGGGGCCGAAGCCGCUCUCUGGGACUGCCCGGCCGGGCCCUGGGGGCGGCACGACUGCGGGCACAAAGAGGACGCCGGAGCCGUCUGCUCAGAGUUCACGGCCCUGAGGCUGGAGAACAGCGACGGCUGCUCCGGCCGCCUGCAGGUUUUCUACAACGGGACGUGGGGCAGCGUUUGCUCCAACUCGCUGACUCUCGAGACGGUGUCUCUGGCGUGCAAGGAGCUGGGCUGCGGGGACACAGGGACCCUGGAAUUGCUCCUGCCCCAUGGCAGGGUGUCUGGCCCCGCCUGGCUGGACAACAUCCAGUGUGGGGAGAGAACCAGCUCUUUCUGGCAGUGUCCCUCCGCUCCCUGGAACCCGCAGUCCUGUGUCGAUCUGCGGGAGGAGAUCCACAUCACCUGCAACGGGCUUCGCUCUGCAGUGCCCCCAACCCCACCGGCCCUGUGCCCCAACGCCACGAGCUGCACAGACAGGGAGAGGAUCCGCGCCGUGGGAGGAGAGGACGGCUGCUCGGGCCGGGUGGAGCUGUGGCACCGCGGCUCCUGGGGGACGGUGUGCGACGACGCGUGGGACGUGCGGGAUGCCGAGGUGGCCUGCAGGCAGCUGGGCUGUGGGCCCGCCGUGGCCGCCCUGCCCGAGGCUGCCUUUGGGGAGGGCACGGGCCCCGUCUGGCUGGAGAAGGUGGAGUGUCAGGGCACAGAGGCGGCUCUGCAGCACUGCUGGGCCUGGCCCGGGGACCGUGGGCUCUGCCGGCACAAGGAGGACGCGGCCGUGCGCUGCGCGGGUCCCACACGAGGCCGUGUGAGCAGCGGCGGGAGAGUCUCGGUGCCCGUCAUCGUCUGCAUCGUCCUGGGGGCCCUUCUCUGCCUGCUCCUGGCCCUCCUGGCCGGGCAAGUGCUGAGGCGCAGAGGCUCCAGGAGAGCUCAGCAGCCCUUCCCCGAGGCCGUGUACGAGGAGAUCGGUUACAGCCCGGUGUGGAAGGAGCAGGAGAGGUUUGAGAGCUCAGACAGCCCCGUCCUGCCCGCAGGUGGCCCAGCGGAUGGCUACGAUGACGCCAGGGAGGUUUCUGAGCCCGAGGAGGCUGCUGGCCCUGGGCAGGGAGCUUGGCAAAGGCCCGGGGAGCUGGAGGAGGGACCAGGGCCCGGGGACGCGGCCGGAGGGGCGAAGCUGUGCUCCCGCAGAAGCGCCGGGGUCCCUGGAGCUGGAGGAGAGCCCUCGUCCCUGUCCCGGGGGAGCUGCGGCUACGACGAUGCCCAAGAGGUGUCUGUGGCACGUCCCUGUGAGGACACCGAGGCCGUGGCACCGCAGGUCGGGGCACAACAGCCCCCUACGGGAGCGCGCAGUGCUGCCACGGGGCCGCAGCAGCCGGGAGAGCCCUGA